AUGAAAGUUGAUCCAGUCAAGGAAAGUUCGACUAACAACCUUAAUAAAGGUAAAAACCUUGAGAUUACUACCACAACAUUAGAAAUAACUUCACUAAAACCUAUUAUAAGUGUCAACAAGUCCUUCGACGCAUCAGAAAAUGUUUUAAAUACUUCGACUCUCAGCUUUAAAGCAUCCUCAACUAAA